CAGGAGCCGGGUGGGGUGGAGCGAGGCGUGAGCUCCUCGCGGCAGCGCUCCCGGGUCUCGAUUCACAACGGAGGCUGUCGGCUGCAGACUGUUGCCAUCACUACAUUACUUGCAACAUGCAGCUGCGCUUAGUUGUUGAAAACACUGAAGAAAACAUCAUUAGCAGCAACAUCCUUCCAAGCUUUAGGAUAUACCUGAAAAUCCCGGCGGCACUGCUAGGCCCUUGUGUGUAGGAAGAGCACUGCUUCCAGCCUUCAGAAUGUCCAACUCAAACGCAAAGUUCCGUCAUCGCCGAGGUGCUCAGGAAGCUGGCAGGCGGGAGCUCAUUUCUAGAUCUUUGCAGAGUGCUCAGCAUUGCUUGGAGGACCAGGAUUAUGGAACUGCAUAUGCUCACUAUCUCCUGGUACUAAAUCUAGCUCCCGAGCUGAAAACCAGUGUGAAAGAAACGUUCCAAUUUACUCUCUUUAAAUGGGCAGAAGAGCUGGAUUCUCUAGCACGAAUUCAAGAUCUAUUUAACUGUUAUGAACAGGCACUUGAGCUGUAUCCAAAUGAUGAAGUGAUAUGUAACAGUAUGGGAGAACAUCUUUUCAGAAUGGGCUUUAGAGAUGAAGCAGCUGGAUAUUUUCACAAAGCAGUGAAGCUUAACCCAGAUUUUGCUGAUGCAAAGGAGAAUUUCUACCGUGUUGCAAACUGGCUUGUGGAACGUUGGCACUUCAUCAUGCUUAAUGAUGCCAAGAGGAAUCUUACUUAUCUAAAAGCAAUAGAGAAUGCUGUCUGCUCAGGGUGCAAGUCUGUCCUUGAUAUUGGAACAGGAACAGGAAUACUAAGUAUGUUUGCAAAGAAGGCAGGAGCAUCUUCUGUCUUUGCCUGUGAAUUGUCAAAAACCAUGUAUGAACUUGCCUGUGAUGUGGUGGCAGCAAAUAACAUGGACAGAGAAAUCAAGCUUCUACAUUUGAAGUCACUUGAUAUAGAAAUUCCAAAGCACAUACCGGAAAGAGUUUCCUUAGUUGUCACAGAAACCGUUGAUGCUGGUUUAUUUGGUGAAGGGAUUGUGGAGAGCUUGAUACAUGCUUGGGAACAUCUACUUUUACAGCCAAAGCCAAAAAAUCAAGAUGUCAAUGCUAAAGACUACGGGCAAGUUAUUCCUGCAAGAGCAACAGUAUUUGGAAUGGCAGUGGAAUGCAAAGAGAUACGUAGACAUCACAGAGUGGGAGCACAAGAAGUUGCUGGUGUACACUUGUCACAUUCUGUGAAGUUCUUUAGUCCAACGUAUGCUUUUGCUGGUUCAGAGGAAACUGUUGAACCUUACACCACUGAAAAGCUCAGUCGAAUUCCUGGAGGUUAUGUACCUUUGACAGAACCCUUUCAAAUAAUGACAGUGGAUUUCAACAAUCUGCAGGAGCUGAAGAGCCUUGCACACAGAAAGUCCUGGAAGCUUAGCCAGCCAGUCACUGAAGGAGGAAUGCUAGAUGCUAUUGUGGUAUGGUUUGUACUGCAGCUUGAUGAUGAGCACACUCUAUCAACAAGUCCCAGUGAAGAAACUUGCUGGGAGCAGGCAGUCUAUCCUGUGCAAGGCCUCUCUGAUUAUUCUGUGAAGGCUGGAGAUACUGUGAUGAUGGAAGUUUGCUGCCAUGACUGCUACCUCAAGAUGCAGAAGAUUUCUUUUUUAACUUCAGAGUGUGGGAUGGACUGCAGUGACAGAGAUGACACACUGAGUUUGGGCAAUGAGGCUGAAUUAUGUAAUGCUCUGGCUAGUCUUCAGACAACUAGCAAACAGGAUGGCAAAGGUCAAGUAUGUGUGUUGGAAUCCACAGAAAUAGCCCUGCUGAACAAUGUACCGUACCACGAAUGCUUCAGAGCUGCCAUGGGCAAGGUUCUGUCAUCAUUAAAUCCAAGUAAGGACUUGGAGUCCAUGGAUAUUGACAGAUGUGGCAGUGGGGUGAACCUCCAAGAAAGCCAGAACAAGAGCUCUUUAGAUGUGGUUCCUGAUCCUUUGUACGUACUAGAUGUAUCUGAAGGCUUCUCCAUCCUACCAAUUAUAGCUGGCAAACUUGGGCCAGUUAAAGCCUACAGCUCUAUUGAGAAAGAACAGCAUCAGGCAGUCCUUAAUGUAAUUUCAGAAGCUAAUAAUUUCCCUAAGGAAACUGUAGAAUUUUGGCUCAGCCAUUUAGAAGAUGAAAAUGUGGUGCUACAGAGACCCAAAUCCGAUAAAUUAUGGAGUAUUAUUAUUUUGGAUGUUAUAGAGACAUCUGGUUUAAUCCAGCAGGAGGUGAUGGAAAAGGCUGCAAUAUCCAGAUGUUUACUUCAGAGUGGAGGAAAGAUAUUUCCACAGUAUGUGUUGGUAUAUGGGAUGCUUGUAGAAUCACAGUCUUUGUUACUGGAGAGUGCUGUUCAAGGAACAGAACCAACUCUUGGGUUUAAUAUAGCUCCUUUUAUCAACCAGUUCAAGGUACCUGUUCGUGUUUAUUUGGAUCUCUCUACAUUACCAUGUGUACCUUUGAGUAAGCCAGCAGAACUAUUAAGGCUAGACCUCAUGAAUCCUCUGUUAAACAGUGCAAGCAGAGAGGUGAAGGUACAGAUUUGUAAGUCUGGCCAAGUCACUGCAAUUCCCUUCUGGUAUCACAUACAUCUAGAUGAAGAGCAUAGUUUGAAUACAUCUGAUGAGUUCUCGCACUGGAAACAAGCUGCAGUUGUUCUUGAUGAGCCACUCCAGGUUCAGGUCGGAGAUGAACUUGUGCUUGAUGUUCAGCACCAUAAAAGCAAUAUUAGCAUUACAGUUAAACAGUGAAGAACAUCCAGUGUAAACUAUACAUGCACCAACUGUUCGUAACAUCACUGAUACUAAUUUAUAUUAAAGUCUAAUUUUUAUGUUCAAAAA